UGCCUCAAGAACCCUGGCCUGCCAGCACCUGUUCCGGCUCCCAGCCCAGCAUGGCACCCCUGCUGCCCAUUCGGACCUUGCCCUUGAUCCUGAUUCUGCUGGUGGUGCUGUCCCCAGGGGUUGCAGACUUCAACAUCUCAAGCCUCUCUGGUCUGCUGUCCCUGGCGCUAACGGAGAGCCUGCUGGUUGCCUUACCACCCUGUCACCUCACAGGAGGCAACGCCACACUGAUGGUCCGGAGAGCCAAUGACAGCAAAGUGAUGAAGUCCAGCUUUGUGGUGCCUUCGUGCCGUGGGCGCAGGGAACUGGUGAGUGUGGUGGACAGUGGAGCUGGCUUCACAGUCACUCGGCUCAGUGCAUACCAGGUGACCAACCUCGUGCCAGGAACCAAAUACUACAUUUCCUACCUAGUGAAGAAGGGGACAGCCACUGAGUCCAGCAGAGAGAUCCCAAUGUCCACACUCCCUCGAAGGAACAUGGAGUCCAUUGGACUGGCCAUGGCCCGAACGGGGGGCAUGGUGGUCAUCACAGUGCUGCUCUCUGUCGCCAUGUUCCUGCUGGUCCUGGGCUUCAUCAUUGCCCUGGCACUGGGUGCCCGCAAGUGAGGAGGUCCACCCGGAGCACUGGCUUCUCCAGGAAGCCCAGGACACCAUCCAGCUCCCCACCCUGCCUACUCCCAGGCCCAAGCCUGUGGCUCCCUUGGUGCCCCCACCUCCUCCUCCUGUUCCCCUCUCCCCGAGAACCCUCUCCUCCCUGUGUCCCUCUCCUUGCCCCCAGUGCCUCACCUUCCAAUGCUCUGUUACUCCUCUCACCUCACUCCUGUCAGAAUCGACUUUCCUCCCAUUUUAUCACUUCAAACCCCUCCAUAACAAUUCCCCUCCUUCAGUGAAUUAAGUCCCUGUAAUAAAAGCUGAGGCCACAUCUGCCA